UUGUCCUCAAGCUCAGCUCGGCAGCAAUCGCGGUCCCAUACACCUGCAUGAACCACGUUGAGUUGAGCCCCAGGUGGACCGAACUGUCGAACAAACACGAGGUACUACUGACUGUACUGUACCGACUACUACUACAGUACUAGGGCGAGGGCGUCGAACGAGCUGAGCUGACUUACGGUUCAAGCCAGCCACGCCGCGUCAGUCACGUUGUCAUCUCUUCUGAGUCAUUCGAAUAUCCAAUGUUCCUUAGGUCCAUUAGAUAAUAAGAUGAGGUCCUGUUCUAACAUUGUGUAGUUCUACGUUGGCUUCUAAGCAGUUCUGUUCACCGGGUCUUUAACCAGGCUCUACAAGAUAGGUUUGAUAGCCAUCGUAGCACCCGAAAACCCCGUUGACAUCAACGAGAACUGAUCUGCCCCAUGGCUGCUGCAGUUCAAUCUCCCUCGCCAAUCAAGGCCCCUCCACACGUCUUGACCCUGUUGGACCGCUUACACCACCUUUCACGCACCCAAGAAGACGCCGUGACAUCAGACCAGAUCCAAGCGGCAGGCGGAUUCGGCAACUACAUGCGCGACAAAUUUAUCGCCUUGGACCAGGAUAAAUGCCACUUUAUAUAUCAGCUGUGUCGGGCGACGAAUGCCAAAAAUGUCGUGGAAGCAGGGACCAGUUUUGGCGUGAGCACGAUAUAUUUGGCCCUCGCCGUAUCUGGGAAUGUUGCGUCCGAGGCGUCAGCCGAGGGUUCAUCCGAGGGCACCGAGGACAAGGCCGCUGAGCGACCUCGUCACGGCACAGUGAUAGCCACCGAACACGAAAAGUCCAAAGCCGACCAAGCCCGCGCCUACUGGAAGGAAGUCGGCCCCGAAAUUACCGGGUGUAUCGACCUGAGAGAAGGCGAUAUUCUGGAAACUCUCAAGCAAAAUCUUCCAGUGGUGGAUUUGUUGCUUUUGGACAUUUGGAGUCCCCUGGCAUUACCCGUGUUGAAACUCGUUCAGCCCAAGUUGAGGCGUGGAGCGGUGGUGAUCACGGAUAACAGUAUUGGUGCUGCGAAGGGGUAUAAGGAUCUGCUUGAGUACUUGAGGGCUGAGGAUAGUGGGUUUACGAAUUUGACGUUGCCGUAUAAUAAGGGGUUGGAGAUGAGUGUUUAUUUGCCGUGAAAUGAAAGAGAGAAUGAAAUCACACGAACUGAAGGACUCAUAUAGCAUGGGUUGAACCCUCAUGAGGUUGUGUCUUGUAGGUUCCGAAAUGCUCCUCAAUUAAGCAUGCAUGCAGAUAAUCUACUGUAGGUAGUUUAGCACAGAAAGCGAAAAAUGGUAUCACGAGUGAAAGAUUGAACAAGGUGAAUUGCAUUGCCAACAACUUGACUUGUGUGAGCAUUAGGGAUAUGCUAUGUUCUUGUUCAACCAGCAUGACAUGACUCUGGCUACUGGCACGUCUGAGAUGUGCUUGCUAUGGACCGGCUGCCGACUGCUGCGCUGCAAAGCUACCUGUAUCCUGAUGCACAUCCGAAAAAAGUUCAUGUCUCGCAAUCGCUAUGACGAGGCCAUGCCUCGCUAGCUUGUAAAUCAAACAAAAUACUGCCAUAUGCUAGCAGACCCUGGACACAAUCAAGCUCUUCACCCUUGGCUUUCACUUUGGUGGGGGAGGCACUGUUGUUAUUCAAGUUCGCCUUACUGUCACGCAGCUUUCGGGAAGAGCUGGCAUCCGGAA